AUGGCCAACCGCGCUCCUGUCGGGUCAGGCGAUUAUGCGGUGCCUUCGCCGCCGAUCGAGACAAUGAUCGAGGGCGCCGCCAUCGCGAAACAGGAAGAUUCACCCGUCCUGUCGCGCUCAACCUCACUGGGCCCAGAUACACUGUUGCAGGAGAAUUUUGAGGGCAAUGGGUCCACCACCACCGCUGGACGGAAGCGCAAACUAAACAGCACAUCAUCACGAGGCGUUGCCAAUCUCACACCCGAUCAAUUAGCCAAGAAACGUGCAAAUGACCGGCAGGCCCAGCGCGCAAUCCGCGAACGUACCAAGUCUCAUAUCGAGGCGCUAGAGCAGCAGGUUCGGGAUCUGGCGUCACAGAAACCUGUCCUCGAUCUUCAAGCCGCACUCCAACACAAUGAGCGAAUCCGGUCGGAAAAUAGGGAGCUUCGUCAAGGACUCCAGGCGGCUUUGGAUAUUAUACAACCUCUCCUAGCAAGGCCGGAGAUCGAAGAUCUACCCUCAUUUCUCUCACAACCAAGAUCAGUCCCGCCACCUGCGUCCCAUACCCCUCCCUUUCCCGAAACCGACCAAUUCACAGCAAACUCUCAGGCUUCAGCAGCAGGAGAUAAGGUAUACGCCGAGUCUAUUGCUAGCCUUGAUACACCAUCGCCCACCCAUUCUGCGCCGACUUUAGGUGCCCGCCGCAACAGCAGCAAUGGAGGUCUGCAACCUUCCUCAUUCCGAGUGGCGCUAGACGUCCAGCGCCAUAACAUCCCACAGGGCUUGGAUUUUGGAGUGGAAGAAAGACUGGGGUUCAAUUUCCUCCUAGACCCAUCUCAGAAUGUCCCGAAAGUCGACCGGCUCCGGCGCAGCAGUUCAGAGAACUUCCGCACCUCGCAUCCGAACCCCCCGUCACCCCUUUACGUACAACCAUUAAAUUUCCCAGCCGAUCAGGGUCCUCCUGCAUUCGCUACCCCAAUCAAAAAUACGCCACCGACAUGUGCUUUAGACAGCAUAUUACUGGACUUUCUUAGCAAUCGCCAACGCGAAGCGGCGCAAGGUAUUCCACGACAAAAACUUGUAGGGCCACCAUACCCCAGCGUCUCCUCGCUUCUGAAUCCUGAGAAGAGCGUAUAUUCGCAUCCUGUAUCCAAACUCUUCACCGAUAUCCUGCGCACUUUCCCAGACAUUUCAUCCCUGCCGGAACAGGUUGCUGUGCUCUACACCAUGUUCCUCCUCAUGCGCUGGCAGAUCUAUCCCACGCAGGAGAAUUAUGAACGGCUCCCCGAAUGGCUGACGCCACGUCCAACACAAAUUCUCCAAGCACACCCAGCAUGGAUGGACUAUGUUCCUUGGCCCCGGAUGCGGGACCGAAUUGUUAUGUCACAUCAGGAUUACCCAUUUGACAAUUGGUUCAUUCCAUUCACACGCGGUAUGCGAGUGAAUUGGCCGUACGAGGCCACAGAUUGCCUACUAUCAGCUGGUGACUCGGAUGAGCUGCUCAUUAACCCUGUCUUUGAACGGCACAUGCGAAAUCUUUCCAAUUGGUCGCUAGGGUCGCUUUUCGCGGAGAAUUACCCAGUUUUGGUCGACACCACGCGAAUCCGACCUGAGUCUGACAAACAACCAUGUCCCACGCCACUUUAG